AAAAAGGUUGCGCAGUGGAAACAAAUCCGAAAGAAGGAAGAAGGAGAGGUUUCCGUUGUGGAGUCGUAAUCCAAUAGACUCGACUCAUCUCCGUCACCAGACGAUUCUCAGAUCCUUCGAUCCGGCGCCGUUUCAUCACUUCUCCGCCUAGAAACUAAAAGGAAGGAAAGCUCCCGAAGUCGCGUAAUCGGAUCCGAUAAACGUAGCUUAACGUCGUUUUUAACGGUUUUGGAUUUAGGAAUGGUUUCGAUCGCUGUGUGUUUGUUACGUAGCUAACGGCGUUUUAACGGUUUGGAUUUAGGAAUGGUUUCGAUCGCUGUGUGUUUGUUACGUAGCUAACGGAGUUUUAACGGUUUUGGAUUAGGGAUGGUUGUGUGUUUGUUACGUUAGCGAGACUUAGGGAUUCACAGAUAGAGAGAGAGAGAGAGAGAUAUGCAGAAGAGUGGUGUGAAUCUGAAUAAUCCUUCGUUAAAAGUAACAAUCCCUCAGGGACAACAGUCAGUUAGGCGUUUAGGUAUUUGCUCUCAGGGAUCUCAGCAGUCUUCCCCUGUUGUAUUCCCUGAGAAGCGUAGCAAGAAGUUGAAGGCGACACGUGGCGAGAUUAGUAGUGAUAAGCCAAAGGUUGAUGAGAUUCGGAUUGAUAUUGGUGGAGGAGAUGAGAAGUCUGAUUUGUUAGGUAGUCUUGUUUACUCAGGGAAGCUUUUAUUUGAUAAGAGAGGGAGAGAUGGUGCAGAGAUAGACGUUUUUAGCAAGAAAGCAGUUGAUGGGAGGCUUACUAGGAGAGCUUUGGUUUGGGGUUCUAACGUGCUACAGCUUGAUGAUGUUGUCUCGUUGACGUAUAAUGUGGGUCUCAAGCAUUUCACGGUGCAUGCUUAUCCUAUUGGAAAGGGUUGUUUUACGAAACCGAAGAGAAGCCGGAAAGAUUUCCGGUUCAUUGCACCUACUGUGGAAGAAGCUGUUCAGUGGGUAGCUAGCUUUGCAGAUCAACAGUGUUUUAUCAACUGUUUGCCACAUCCGUUAGUCUCGAAGAAGCAGGCUUCGUCUGAGUUGUUUUCGGUUCCUAUUGAUACUCCUCCUGAGUUGGUGUUUAGGUGUAAGAGUGCACCUAAGAUGCUGGUUAUAUUGAACCCUAGGUCAGGGCAUGGACGAUCUAUCAAAGUUUUCAAUGAUGUAGUGGAACCAAUUUUUAAGCUGGCCGGGAUUAAGAUGGAGGUUGUUGAAACAAAUAAAGCUGGUCAUGCUAGAGAGUUGGCUUCCACUGUCGAUAUUAGCUUAUGCUCAGACGGUAUAAUUUGUGUUGGAGGUGACGGAAUCAUCAAUGAGGUUCUUAAUGGUCUACUUACCCGAAGCAAUCAGAAAGAAGGAGUUUCUAUCCCAAUUGGAAUUGUUCCUGCUGGCUCUGAUAACUCGUUAGUUUGGACCGUUCUUGGUGUUAGAGAUCCCAUUUCUGCAGCACUCUCUAUUGUGAAGGGUGGCCUAACAGCUACUGAUGUAUUUGCUGUUGAAUGGAUUCAUACGGGUGUAAUACACUUUGGGAUGACUGUCUCCUACUAUGGUUUUGUUAGCGAUGUUUUGGAGCUCUCUGAGAAAUAUCAAAAACGCUUUGGUCCUAUGCGUUAUUUAGUAGCUGGAUUUCUCAAGUUCAUGUGUUUGCCAAAGUACAGCUAUGAAGUAGAAUAUCUUCCAGCGCAAAAAGAGGAUGCAGAAGGCAAAACCAGACUUGAAAAGGAAGUUGUUGAUGUGCAAGAUCUCUACACGGAUGUAAUGAGGAGAUCAAGUAAAGAGGGAUUGCCUAGAGCCUCCAGUUUAUCAAGUAUCGACUCCAUAAUGUCCCCAAGCGUUAGCGAACUAGACAACACAUGUAGCAGCACACAUGCUAGCACCGAGCCAUCUGAAUAUGUUCGUGGAAUCGAUCCUAAAAUGAAGCGCAUGUCCUCUGGCAGAAGAGAUAUUGAAUCUGAGCCAGAGGUUAUUCAUCCUCAAGGACAGUCAACAACUCCUAACUGGCCAAGGACAAGGUCAAAGUCAAGAACAGAUAAAGCAUGGAUGGGGUUAACAUCCGUGCAGGAUCCUCCUCCAACACGAUCUUCAUGGGGAAACACCGGUGCUCACGACAGAGAAGAUAUUUCAUCUACUGUAUCCGACCCGGGCCCGAUCUGGGAUGCGGGACCUAAAUGGGACAGUGAACCAUCAGCUUGGGAUGUAGAAAAUUCCAUCGAGCUUCCUGGUCCUCCGGAGGAUAUAGAGAUAGGACUAACGAAGCAAACCAUGACAACACCAAGAUUUGAAAAUAAAUGGGUUGCUAGAAAGGGUCAUUUCCUUGGCAUCAUGGUCUGCAACCACGCUUGUCGGACUGUGCAGAGCUCUCAAGUGGUGGCUCCCAAUUCAGAACAUGACGAUGGUACAAUGGACAUGCUCUUGGUUCACGGGUGUGGAAGAUUGAGGUUAAUUAGGUUUUUUAUCCUCCUGCAAACAGGGCGACACCUUUCACUUCCAUAUGUAGAGUGUGUAAAGGUGAAGUCGGUGAAGAUAAAGGCGGGAAAACAGACGCAUGACAGUUGUGGUAUAGACGGAGAGCUGUUUGCGUUGAACGGAGAAGUGAUAUCGACGAUGCUACCAGAACAAUGCAGAUUGAUCGGUAAUGCUCCUCAACGACAUUAGUAGUUUAAAUAAAUCUCAUCAAAGUUAUGUGGAUGGAAGGAAGAGAAAGAGAAAGAGAUCGAGUGGUGUCUAUAUAUAUAAAAUCUCGGCUUCUUCUUUUUUUGGUGUUUUUUUGUUCUGGUCUGCGGUAAGAAGAAUAACACAUGAGAGUAUGAAAACCAUGAUCACCAUCCCCAUAAGUUCCCUAAAAACCUUUUGUAUAUUCUUUUGCCCUCUUUCCAUGUGUGUCUUGAAUAUAAAUGUACUAAUAUAUGUGUAAUCUGACACUGGUUCGUAUGUUUUGCUAGAAUUUGUCAACUCACUACUUGUAGCGUUUGAUCAUACAUUGGCAGUGUGUCAAAGACACUAGCCACUUGUAACAAUACAUGAAAAAAUAAUAUCAUGGUUAUAUUCUGAGAGCAGCAUCAUAUCAGCCGCACGUUCCUG